AUGCGAUCAAGAACUUUCUUCUGUCGAGAAUAUUUUGAUCAUGAAAUUUCUGCCUGUUUGAUGGAAUCAGCAAAUUCAUUGAAUCAAAUGAGUAAGCAAUUAAAAGUUAUGCUUGCUUAUUACAACAUUACACAACAUGAGCAAGUGAAAGAACACUAUGUUCAAUCGGUUUAUCAUUAUUCAAUUCAUCUGACAAUUUCUGUCAAUAUCUCAAUUACUUCUGACAAUUUAUUAACCAUAAAUGAUAUGAUCGGAAAACAAAGAUAA